CUCGGGGAUUUGAACACGAGUCGUGCUGCGUCACCGUCGCGCGCUGUCCGCCGCUGCAUUUCAGCUGCUCAUGUGAGCGCCGCUCUUCAGAGGAUCGGCGAUGGCGUCCGUGUCCGUGACGGUCCCGCAGCGCUCCGCGCAGCACCUCCUCGACGAGCCGCAGCUGCUCCUGCGCGAUCUGUCGCCCGUGGUAGAGACGCGCGGGAUCCUGCGCAGAGUCCCCCCCUCCUCCGCAGCCUCAGCGCCGCCAGCAUCCCUUGCUCAGUCAUCGUUCUCCGUGUACUGUGGACCCCCCGGGGCCGAGGACGGGGUCCGGCGCUGCCUUUGGCAGAACGGCCGUGUGUGUCAGGAGAACCCGACGCGCGGGAACGUCGUGUGGGUGGCCGCUGACGCGCGCAUAGAAGAUGCGGAGAACAUCGAGCCCGAGCGGAUCCGCGGACGCGACGACGCCGGCACCCGUGGCAGCGUGGGGUCCAAGUCAGGGCCCCCCCCCGUGGCGCCGCUGGGCACCGUGCACAGAUCCACGGGGCGUCGCUCCUCCCAGGUGACGGUUCACCGGGACCUGGACUUGGCGGCGCUCAGCGGCGGCGCGCUGCCCGCAGGCUGGAGCGCGGGGGACCGGGUGACCCAGGGCAGGUCGGGGGUCGUCAGGAAGCAGCGACACGCCCCUCCGAGGAGAGAGGCAUGGUCCAUCUUCCAGCAGGAGGACCCGCGCGUGAGGAGGGAGAAGGGAGAGGGUCACCUUUUCGGCCACAGCGCGCUCAUGCAGGACUGGUGCGAUGCGUGUAGCCGUCAGGUUCGCAGCAGCGCGCUGAAGUGCCGGAACUGCAGCUACACAUGCCACCUGGAGUGUAAGGGUCUUGUUCAGCUGGACUGCAACCAGCGAGACUGCAAACAGCCUGAGAAGCCAUCGCCCCUCCGGCAGUCAGCGGCACCACCACGGGACGAGAAUGCCGCGAAAGAGGAGGAGGAGAGGCCGAAGUCACUCUCAGACCAGGAGAUCCGGGCCAAGAUACAGGAGUACAAUGCUCAGGUGACAGAGAAUGGAAUGAAACUGGGUGAUGAUGGUAUCUACACAGGCUUCAUCAAAGUCCACCUGAAGCUGCGGCGCCCUGUAACGGUCCUUGGGACGAGGCCUGAGGCCGAGGCUGAGGAUCCAGAAAGGAGGACUUCUUUCUACCUGCCGUCAAACGCUGUCAAGCAGCUGCACAUCAGCAGCAGCACUACGGCAGGUGAAGUCAUCCAGGGCCUGCUCAACAAGUUCAUGGUGCUGGACAACCCACGCAAGUUCGCACUGUAUCGCCAGACGCACCAUGACGGCCAAGACCUGUUCCAGAAGUUGACCAUCUCAGAACAACCCUUGCGCUUGCGGCUUUUGGCUGGCCCAGACCCCGAGUGCCUGACCUUUGUUCUGAAGGAGAACGAAACAGGGGACGUGGAGUGGCACGCCUUCUCGGUGCCUGAGCUGCAGAACUUCCUGACCAUCCUUGAGAAGGAGGAGUGCGAGCGUGUGAAACAGGUGGAAAAGCGGUACAUGCUAUAUCGGCAGAGACUUCAGGAGGCGCUACAGGAGGCCCAGGGCAAGCCAGGCUAAGGGCCUGUUUUGAACCCGUGUCCACACAGCAUGAGAAUUUCCACUUGAAAAGAUUUUUUAAAAAUCAAAACAAUCUACUCAGGACACUUUUAAUGAGCUCCUCCUGCUUAUUGAAGAUGGAGGCAGGGCACCAUUGGAGGAGGCGGAGACGGGAUGCUGAGGAGGCAUGUUUCUGGAGGUGAAUGGCAAGCUGGGGUUUGCUCCAGCCCUGCAGGCAGAGGCCUUCCAUUUGGUCAGACCUCGAUCUAAAGCUGACGCUGCUGUUACUGCUGUUGCUGCUGCUGCUACUGCAAGUGUUACUUAGCAUGUGUUUUCUUCUGGUCGCCGCUGAAGUCCAAUGCAUGCCUUUCCAAGGGUCAGAGAUGGAGGAUGCGUGCAUUUUUAACCAUAUUUCACAUCACAAGUCCAUGUAGAGGAAUACAAGGGCAUGUAAUUUGCCACACGAUUCCAAAAUUCCCAUCCUUGGCCACUGUUGUAAACCACCCCUUCUUGACUGUUGUCUUGCACUAUGGCCUGAUGUUGCUUAGACUUCUCUAGAAAGCAUAGGCUCCCUGCAUUCUAUUAGGAAUGAUGUAGAAAUUGUACGCAAUCAGUACCUCUUAUCACGGAACGCUCUCAUUCUGCAUUCAAAAACUUUUCAGGAAGCAAAAUUGUGAUUGCCUUCAUCUGCAACAUAUGACUUCUGAAGAACUAUGGAUCUUGCACUUAAUGAGUGCCUCAUCAGUUUCCUGAUGAGGAAACUGCUGUAUUUCUGUCCUGCUUAGGGUUCAACCUUGAGCAAUGUGAGAACUCAGACCAGUGUGAAGAUAGGCUGUUUGGGAAGUAUUGUAGAUAAGCUGGAGGAUUUCCCUGUUCAUCCUGGUGUCAUAUGACCGCUUCCCUGUGGGUUCUGCCUCUGUUUACUUAAGUGCCAGUGCCUCUCAAGCACUCACACAUGGUACCAUCACCUGUCAGCUGUCUCAUUUGUGUUGCGUGUAUGUGAGUGUGUUAUGGAUUGGAGAAUCUUGUCUGUCAUGACUUUCUGUUCAGGAUGAAUGGAGGUGAUGAACUAAAUCCCACUGAAGCAGAGAAACACCAGAUGAACGUCACACCAAAGCUAACCCCAUCUUCUCCAUCUCUACAUCGCACUCACUCAACAGAUUCCAUGAUAUAUAUAACAUAGUGGUAAUACAAGUGUUCUGCACACCAGUUAACAUGUCAGUCACUGGGAUGUGGGCCAGUACUUGUGUCCAGAAUAUAACUGCGUGGUACAAUUACUUUUUUUUUAUAAACUUCAAAGGAGAUUUAAAAAUUAAAGGGACAAGAGACCAGUGGGCCAUCAGUUUUAACAACAGUUGCAUAUAAAGUAUGCAUUUACAUACGAAACAAAAAUGUAAAACUUGUUCAUGUUGUGAAUGCUUGAAGAUGAAAACAAAUAACAGUCUAUCACUGUAGCUCACGUGCUGAACACCCUGAUGUAAAAGCACAUAUCUGCUUGCUAUGGGGCUUCUCUGAUCUGCCUUUCUCAGCAGCCUACCCCCUUUAUAAUACCUAGAGAAAGGAAAGAUCUCAUGGUUUUUACUACUCCCAAAGCCCCACACCUUCCAUGUUACUGAACGGCAGUGUUUCUGCAGUAAAGGUGUUUGCUGUGUGUGGAUUUGCGUGGUUUUGUAUUCUCUGUACAAACCACAGCGGACCCAGAGCCUUCCACCCUCACCUCAGGUCACCCAGCAAACACAGGACACCCCAAAGUGAUGGACUUCAAGAGGACUUUCAUGAUGAAUCAGUCAUCAUAUUCUAGAGACUGGGCACAGUGUGGUUUGUUUUAUGAGCACAGUGACAAGAUGACAGUAGAUGAUUCUCUUUUGCUGAAUUUUUUGAGUUGGGAGGUCAAAUGUGUACAAA